CCAAAACCACUAGCAUAACCAUUCCUCCUCCACAAUCCCACUGUAAGCAGAAACAAUGGCAACCUCACUCCAGGCAGCAGCCACGCUGAUGCAGCCCACCAAGGUUGCCAGAAGCACCCUCCAACUCCGGUCCGUUCAGCCCGCCGCCAAAUCCUUCGGCGUCGAACCGGCCGGUUCAAGACUCACCUGCUCCCUCCAAGCCGACCUUAAAGACUUGGCCCAGAAAUGCACCGACGCCGCCAAGAUCGCCGGUUUUGCUCUCGCCACGUCUGCACUGGUCGCAACGGGAGCAAAUGCAGAGGGAGUCCCAAAACGACUAACUUACGACGAAAUCCAGAGCAAGACGUAUAUGGAAGUUAAGGGCACCGGCACGGCCAACCAGUGCCCCACCAUCGACGGCGGCGUGGACAAGUUCGCCUUCAAGUCCGGCAAGUACUACGCCAAGAAAUUCUGCCUGGAGCCGACGUCGUUCACCGUCAAAGCAGAAGGCGUUAACAAAAACGCCCCGCCGGAGUUCCAGAAGACGAAGCUCAUGACGCGACUAACCUACACCCUGGACGAGAUCGAAGGCCCCUUCGAAGUAUCCCAGGACGGCAGCGUCAAGUUCGAGGAGAAAGACGGGAUCGACUACGCCGCCGUGACGGUGCAACUCCCCGGCGGCGAGCGCGUGCCGUUCCUCUUCUCGAUCAAGCAGCUGGUGGCGACGGGGAAGCCGGACGGAUUCGGCGGGGAGUUUCUGGUGCCGUCUUACAGAGGGUCGUCGUUCCUCGACCCCAAGGGCCGCGGUGGGUCCACCGGGUACGACAAUGCGGUGGCGCUGCCCGCCGGCGGGCGCGGCGACGAGGAGGAACUGGAGAAGGAGAACAUCAAGAACGUGGCGUCGUCGUCGGGGAAGAUCACGUUGAGUGUGACACAGAGCAAGCCGGAGACCGGUGAGGUUAUCGGCGUCUUCGAGAGCACUCAGCCUUCCGACACCGACUUGGGGUCCAAAGCCCCCAAGGAAGUCAAAAUCCAGGGCAUCUGGUAUGCCCAGCUCGACAGUUGAAGAAGAAGACUCAACCAAGUCCAACCAACAUUUGUAAUUUAAAAAUAUUUAUGGAAAUGGAAAUGGAAAUGGAAAUGGGUUGCAAAGCCCAAGUCCGUUUACGAUAGUAGCCCGAACCCGAAUUGAUUCUGUCGGGUGGGCAGGAUGAGUCGAAGCUUCUGCAUAAUACUACUAACUAUCAACCAA